AUGGAUACCAAAGGAACGGUGCGAAUCAAAUUAGAGUCCCCAUCCGACAGCAGUUUGCUUUGUGAUGAAACAAACAACUGCAUUGAAGAGAUGGUGCAAGAAAUGCAACAGAAGGACCGGGAAAAACAGAUAACGGUGGCCACUAAUGCAACCGUUACUGACCAGCACAACAAGCAGGAGGAACACGAUGAAAACGCGUUCUACAACAUACAUAGCGUGUUGGCGAAGACACUGAAAAUGCGAACGGGGGAAUCGGAUAUUGUGCUGGAACCCAAACUAGCGAGCCGUUUGUAUGUGUCUUCCAGCCUCCAGUACGAUCGAACGAUGAUGAAUCGAGCGGACGUGUGGCAUCAGGUGAUUGUGCACCACGAGAAUAGCUGCUCAAAGACGAAGAUACUGGAAGCCCUGUAUGCCAAGUUUUCGUACUGCGACUUUUUUCCGGUGGCGUAUAGGCGUCACAUAAAUGUGGACUUUUUUCUACUUCGUAUGUGUAACCAGGUACUGACGAAGCUGUUUGAAGAUGGGUUGAAGCUAAAGCUGGGUCAGGCAGAGCUUGCGAUAAGCGUACGGCUCGGUGCGGCUCGAUUCCAAACUGGACAGAUAUUCCCGCGGCAAACCAUAACAAAAGCGGUGCAGGAACGGUGCGACAAUGCGGCACAGUACGGCAGCAGUAAUUUACUGAAUUUGGACAGCUUUGCCGAGCAUGUUUGCCUGCAGGAACUGUGCGUAAAUCUCGGCAAUCGGGCCCAGUUUGAGGUGGUCUGUUCGGCAAUAGUGCAGGUUAUAGGUGAUAAUAAUUGCAUCAACACGCUGAGGCUGUCGAACAACGGCAUCAGUCACAUAUCGGUGCUGGCCAGUGCGAAGAGUUUGAGGCUCGUAAGCCUAGAUCUGCGUGGCAAUCGAAUCAAGCAUCCGAGCUCGCUAAGGGGGCUGAAACAGAUGCCACUGAUGGAGCUGUAUGUGUCGGGCAACAACCUAACCGAGGUGCCCGAUUACGAGAAGGUUCUUCACAGCAUUUUCCCUGAUUUGCUAAAGCUGGACACCAACCUGACACAAUCAAGUGUGGCAAAAAUAGCGCGCGUUAUUGAUGAAGAAGAGGAGGAAGAGGUGGAAUUAUCGUCCCCCGGAACGUUGAUCACGGAGGCGGACAUGAAUCCGGCCGCUUUCCAGAAGUACAACAUUACACCUCACUGGCAUAAGGUGACGGUGCAACAUAACGGGGUCUGCAACAAGCAGGAUAUUCUGGACGCCCUGUUCAAUCUGCUCGGCAGACACAUGUUUUUCCCCUGCUACUACAAAACCUACUCGAAGGAGGAUGAAUUCCUAGUGCAGAAUUGUUUCGAUGCGCUGCUAGUGUUGGUGAAACAAAAGCUAAGGCUGCCAAUGUCCGCGAAUAACAUCGUGCUGAAACUGUCGCUAGCGAUGAACGUUGCGGAAGCUAGUGACAAGGAUGUACAGCCGUUGAAAAAGUUGGAACGUUUCGUCAUCAAGCGGUUCAAACAGAACUGUCUUGAUCUUUGCUCCAUGCAGACGGAGUUGAACAAAUGCAAGUUUGUAGACUUUAGCGCGAAAAGUCCGUGCACGCUGCGGUACAUGAUGGAGUGUGGUACCCGGAAUUUCGGUAAUAAAUGCCUGGUGUUGAGGUUGCGUCACAACGAGCUAAGGAACUGCGAGGCGCUGGAAAGUCUCGCAAAGUUCUACAGCCUGGUAUCGCUGGAUCUGCGCUACAAUAUGAUUUCCAAAAUCUCCGACCUGAAAGGCAUUCCCUGGAAUAAUGUUACCGAAUUGUUUUUGGAUAAUAACCCCAUUUGCGGAACCAUGCACAAUAGUUUGGAGUACGUGCGGAAGGUUAAACAGUACUUCGGAAUGCUGAAGAAACUGGACGGACAGUCGUUGGUGGGAAAUUUUGCCCACUGUCAGAACUACAUCUGUGUGCCGGAAGCGUACAAGUUUGCCGAGUCGUUCGUGAAGCAUUACUUUUCGAUGUUCGAUUCCUUCCAGCGCGCCGACCUGCAGGAACUGUACCAUCCGAAGGCUCAGUUUUCCAUGACGUGUGACUUUGGCGGAGGCCUAGACGGAGCAAACAUUGCGGAGGAGCAAAUGAAUUCGCAACAGCUGCGACAGGCCAGCUAUAUUCAGCAUAGUCGUAAUUUGUUAAUGUUUGGGGGUAAUUUGGAUCGUGCAAUGUCCAUGCUGAUCGUCGGCAACGAGCGCAUCUGUUACGUGUUGACGUCCUUUCCGAAGACGGAUUUUGAUUUCCACUCGUUCCGUAUCGAUGUACCCGUGUUCACGAAGGAACGCGUCAUGAUCACCGUGCACGGCCGCAUGAGCGAGGAUGAAGCGUCCAAUUUGGGGCAGAACCAUUGCAUGGGCUUUUCACGCACUUGGUUAAUUCAACCGUGCGGCAUGGGCACGAAUCUGUUUCACGAGGCGCUAGAGUACAAGAUAAACAACGAUAUGCUGCAUAUGUACGACAUGACGGUUACCGGUAUGUCGGUUAAUCCAACUUUUGGACAAUCCAACGAUCGAAACAAAUCCACCUUAGAGGUGGACAGUACAACGGACACUACCUCCAGUGACACGGACGACCGAGAGAAUGCGUUGAUCGUUUUCAAACAACUGACCAAAUUGAAUCAGCAGUGGUCGAAACGGUGUCUGGAAGAAUCGUCGUGGAAUCUGAAGGUGGCGUUAAACAUAUUUUUAAAGUUGUACGAAUCAAAGCGCAUUCCAAAGAUUGCCUUCCAGGAUGACAUUCCGUAG